AUGAAAUCUUGUGCUUCAUCUAUUGCUACACCUGGUGAAUUACAAGCUUAUCGUAAAGCAUAUUCUAAAUUUGGAGAAGCUUGUAUACUUGAAAUAAUUGCUGAAAAAGGUGAUGAUGCUUUUUAUACAGGUGAAUUAGCUGAUCUUAUUGUUAAAGACAUUCACGAUAAAGUCAUUGGACAUAAUGGUAAUGCUCUUGCAAUGAUAUCAACUAUUAAUCUAUAUUUUGGUUCAAUGGUAUUUGGUACUGAAACAGAUAUUAUUUAUAAUAAUCAAAUAAAUGAUUUUUCUACACUGAAUACAACAAAUUUUUUUGGUGUUCCUGCUUGUCUAGCUAAUUAUAUUACACCUGGUAAACGACCAAGUUCAUCAAUAGUACCUUUAAUUAUGUUUGAUCAAAAUAAUCCACACGUAUUAGAAGUUUUAAAUGCUAAUGGUGGAACGAAAAUAACGACAACUACUGCUCAAGUAGUUAUGCUUAAUUUAUGGUUUAGAAAAGAUAUUAGACAAGCAAUUAAUACUCCAAGAUUACAUUCACAAUUAUUACCAGAAGAAGUUUUAGCUGAAUGUGGUUUUAAUCAAACAAUUCUAGAACAACUGAAAAAACUUGAUCAUAAUAUUCAAUGUGGUGUGUAUAGAAGAUCAAUUGUACAAAGUAUCGAAUAG